AUGAAGUCUCCAAGCUCUUCAACAAUCUUCACAUUAUUUUCUUUUCUUUUUCUUUCAUCGUUUCAAACCAUAACUUUAGCCGACUCUCAUCAGAAUUUUCUUCAAUGCCUUUCCCUUCAUUCUGAGAACAAUGCCACCUCCAAUAUUUCCCAAGUAAUUUACACUGAAAACAACUCUUCAUUCUCAUCCAUCCUGGAAUUUUCCAUCCGAAAUUUCAGGUUCUCAACCCCGACAACCCCAAAACCUCUAGUCAUCAUUACACCAUCGCAAGUUUCCCACAUUCAAGAAGCCAUUAUUUGCUCCCAAAAACAUGGAAUUCAAAUCAGAAUCCGCAGCGGCGGCCAUGACUAUGAGGCUCUGUCUUAUGUUUCCGAUGUCCCUUUUGUGAUCCUCGACCUCAUAUACCUCAGCGAGAUCAGUAUCGAUGGUGAAAACAAAACAGCUUGGGUUCAAUCCGGUGCAACAAUUGGGCAACUUUACUACAGAAUUGCCGAGAAAAGUAAAACUCUUGCGUUUCCUGCAGGAGUUUGCCCCACUGUUGGCGUUGGCGGGCAUUUUAGCGGCGGAGGUUACGGUUUCUUGCUGCGGAAAUUCGGCCUUGCUGCUGAUAAUGUAGUUGAUGCUCUCUUGAUUGACGUUAAGGGUCAAUUGCUUGAUCGAAAAUCGAUGGGAGAAGAUCUGUUUUGGGCCAUUCGGGGAGGCGGCGGAGCCAGCUUUGGAGUCAUCCUGGCCUGGAAAAUAAACCUGGUUACUGUUCCAUCAACCUUAACUGUGUUCACAGUCCACCGAACCCUGGAACAAAACGCAACAAAGAUUGUUGACAAAUGGCAAUACGUCGCGGACAAACUUCCUGAAGAUUUAUACAUCAGACUUUACUUAACGAGAUCGAAUUCCAGUUCAGGGAGGACAACAAUUCGAGCUACAUUCGAGUGCUUGUUUCUUGGCGGGGUUGAUUUUCUUGUUCCAUUAAUGCAACAGAGCCUCCCGGAGCUCGGAUUGGAGAAAUCAGAUUGCAUAGAAAUGAGCUGGAUCGAUUCGAUUCUCUACUUUGCAGGAUUCCAGGGAGAAUCCAUGGAUGUUUUGCUAAGCAGGACUCCGACCAGCUUCGAUACUUUCAAAGCAAAAUCAGACUAUGUGAAGGAACCGAUUCCUGAAACUGCGUUCGAAGGAGUAUAUGAAAGAUUUUACGAGCAAGAGGCUGAGAGUGCGGUAAUGAUCUUCAUUCCUUACGGUGGAAUAAUGAAUGAGAUUUCAGAAUCCGAAACUCCAUUUCCGCACAGAGCUGGAAACAUUUACAAGAUUCAGCACUUGGUGUAUUGGCAAGGAGGAGGAGAUGAAGAGGCAGAACGGCACAUAAAUUGGAUAAGGAGGCUGUACAGUUACAUGGCUCCAUUUGUUUCGAAGAAUCCUAGAGCAGCCUAUAUGAAUUACAGGGAUCUCGACGUUGGAACGAACAAUAAUAAAGGAUACACAAGCUUCAAACAAGGCAGCGUUUGGGGUUUUAAAUAUUUUAAGAACAAUUUCAACAGGCUGGUGCACGUGAAGACUAUGGUUGAUCCUGGAAAUUUCUUCAGGAAUGAACAAAGUAUUCCACCAAUUUAUUCAAGGAAGAAGAAAGUUGAUUAGAAGAAAACGGGAUCAUUAGUGGGGAAAGUUCUUGAUCGCACCUAAGUAAUGAAAAUAUGGUACAAGAUCUUUUAAAACAUAA